CCCUACCAUUCCCCCACCCCUCCCCUCUCUCACUUUUCAUCUUUCUUUAUCUCCCUCCAACAUACUUGCUCCACCUCCCCCUCCACACAUUCCUAUUGUUUUAUAUUCUUGAAGCAGGCAGGCAGGCAAGGAGAAACUGACCAAUUGGCUAACCAGAAAAUUAAAGAAGAAUAGGUAGAAAGAUGGAGAUAGAAUUGGCAAAGUGUGAGUGCUGUGGGCUGAAGGAGGAGUGUACACAGGACUACAUAAGUGAGGUGAAGGAAAACUUUGAUGGGAAAUGGCUGUGUGGGUUAUGCUCUGAAGCAGUCAGAGAUGAGGUCAACAACAGAGUGAAGAAGAAUAUGCCACUGUUUGGUUUGGAAGAAGCUUUGAAGGCUCACAUGGCUUUCUGUGGCAAAUACCAUAGAUCAAACCCUGCCAUUUGUGUUGCUGAUGGGAUGAGGAAGAUGCUUAGGAGAAUAUCUGCUGCUAAUCUCUCUUCUUCUUCUACACCAUCAUCUCCAUCAUCUUCUUCUUCAUCAUCUUCUUCCAAGAAGCUUCUUUCAAGAUCAUCAUCUACCACCACCUCUGCUUCUUCCUUCUCCUUUUACUAAAGGAGGAGAUCAGAAAAGGGUAUCCUUAACUUUGAUGGAAAUAAGGUAAAAACCAACUAAUUGGGCUUAGUCAGAGUUUAGGAGGGAAGUUUAGAGGAUUUGUAUGAACAAACCUUUUCUGGGCUCAUCCAGUAUAUAUGUCCUAUGAUCAUCUUUUUCUUGUACAUAGUAUGUUGAUCUAUGAAGGAUGUAAUAUAAUUUUGGUGUUCCUUAUGUUAUUAUUCUUUUGCUUUUUGU